AACGAUUAGCAGUUAUGGAUUUAAUUGUGAAAAUUUGAAGUUUCAAGACCAAAAUGAAAAUUGUCAUAAAUCGGGAGACGCACUCGAUUGGAACGGGUUGGCCUUUCUCCGCUUGCAGCACACACUGCGCACCAGAACGCGCGCGUGCCUUCUGCCGUACAUUGUGCUUCGCCAUCUUUCAUCUUUACCAUUAUCCCAAUGGCUACCAAAACCGCCAUUAUCGCAUGGGGCUCUGGGGAAGAUGGGCAGUUGGGAAUUGGCAACAACGAAGAGAGAGAAUGGGUAUGCGUGGUGAAGGCUCUCGAGUCUCAGCGAGUACGUUCUGUGGUCGCUGGUAGUAGGAACUCACUCGCCAUAUGCGAGGAUGGCAAGUUGUUUACAUGGGGAUGGAACCAGAGAGGAACCCUUGGGCACCCGCCUGAAACUAAAACUGAGAAUAUUCCUAGUCAGGUUAAAGCUCUGGCAAAUGUUAAGAUUGUGCAGGCGGCUAUUGGUGGCUGGCAUUGUUUGGCUGUUGAUAAUCAAGGCCGUGCUUAUGCUUGGGGUGGGAAUGAGUAUGGGCAGUGUGGUGAGGAACUAGAGCGAAAAGAUGAGGCUGGUAGGCCUUUGAGAAGAGAUAUUGUGAUUCCUCAGCGCUGUGCUCCAAAGCUUUCAGUAUGCCAGGUAGCUGCAGGAGGAACUCACAGUGUUGUGCUUACACGUGAAGGGCAUGUAUGGACAUGGGGCCAGCCGUGGCCUCCUGGAGACAUAAAGCAGAUCUCCACUCCUGUUAGAGUACAAGGUCUUGAGAAAGUGAAGCUAAUUGCAGUCGGGGCUUUCCAUAAUUUGGCUUUAUUGGAGGAUGGUACCUUACAGGCAUGGGGAAACAACGAAUAUGGACAGCUUGGAACUGGGGAUACCCAGCCUAGAUCGCAACCUAUUCCUGUUCAAGGGCUGUCUGAUCUUACUUUGGUUGAUAUAGCUGCAGGAGGAUGGCAUUCUACUGCAUUGACAGAUGAAGGAGAGGUAUAUGGUUGGGGUAGGGGAGAACAUGGGAGGCUUGGAUUUGGAGAUGACAAGAGCAGUAAAAUGGUUCCUCAAAAAGUCCAACUUCUUGUUGGGGAGGACAUAGUCCAGGUGUCUUGUGGAGGUACACACUCAGUUGCAUUAACGCGUGAUGGACACAUGUUCUCUUUUGGACGGGGUGACCAUGGGCGUCUUGGAUAUGGUAAAAAAGUGACAACUGGUCAUCCAAAUGAAGUUCCCAUCAACCUCCCUCCUCUGAUGAAUCUUAGUGGUAGUGGAGCUGAAGGAUGUUGGUGUGCUAAACUUGUUGCUUGUGGUGGCCGCCAUACUCUAGCAGUAGUAGAAUGGCAGACCAAUGAAUCUGAACAGUUGCUUUGAAGUAAUGAGCUGGGCAUGUGAAGAACCCAUAAGCUACACCUGUAAAAGCUGCACCAACGUGUGCCCUGCAACAUGCAGCCAGUAACAAACGGUUGAAGUUCAGAUAGGUUGUGAUUGUUAGUUUAUCAAAUGAAAACCACAGGAGUACUAAGAAGUCUUGUGUUGUUUGUCGAACCAUUUAAUUGCAAUGAGUCUCCUAAAAAUGUAUAUAAUUUUUUGUGAUUACUCCAAUUUACAUGAUGAACUUGUACAUUCAAGUUAUCUAGAAAUCAAGACAUGCUCAUGUCCCUUCA